AUGUCUCUUCCACCCCUGCCUCGCUUAGAGCCGGCAAUAUACCGCUGGAAUUCCGUACCAGGCGAUCGCAUUUCUGUCAGACGCCUUGCUCUUGGCACCGAGGCUUGGGUCGGUUUGCGUGCGCCAAACUCUCGUGGUCAAUACGACAACUAUUUCAACACCUCUCUCCGCGUCGAAGUUCCUGGGUUAUCGCUGGAAAUCCUCGCGUUGCAAAUAUCUGUGGCCCUGGUCAACAUUCGAUACCAGCACCCUGAGGUUGGGUGUACAGUAACCUGGACCACCGAUGAUGAUCCUUCCUUUAUCGACUAUACUCCGCCAGUCUCAAAUAAAGCUGCUCUUGAAUGGGCACGCAACAGCGUUUCAACGGUGUCAAUGGCUGAGAAUGGGUUGGACGUUGCCGAAAGAAUCUCGAAACAGCGCCAAGAGAGUCCCCCAGAAUCAUUUCCCCCAGUUAAGAUCUAUGUCGUCGGUCAGGCGUCGGAACCUGGGACUCUACUCGAAGUUGGCAGUCUAGUGGACAUACUCUGUGCAUUCAACCACAUUCAUUGGGACAGCAUCAGCUCACGCAUAUUUGCGGGUGACUUGCUUCGGGGUGUUGCACAGCAAUUAGACACAGGCGACAAGAAUUACUCGGCUGUCAGUGUGCCUCGGCAUCCUUGGGGUGAAGAAAUUCUCAACCUCAACGAGCCCGUCCUCGAUGCAUGCAAAACGGAUGUGGAGGGAGGCACUUGGAGACGACUUUGA